CGGCAAUUUAGACUCUGUGCAUCAGUUUAUUGCAGAAUCGCCGGCGUUUACUAGAAUUCAACUUCUGCGAUUGACUCACAGAUUGGCUGAUUGAUUGUCAUACAGGCAACGUGUUUUGUGUGAACUAAAAAAGGCGAGAUUUUAAAGGUCUAGUGAGCAUAUUCUCAUAAUUUUAAACCAGUAUGGCCGCUAUGUCAGUUAUAGGUAUUGAUUUCGGCAAUGAAUCGUGUUAUAUUGCGGUGGCUAAAGCAGGUGGCAUUGAGACGAUAACUAACGAUUACAGUCUUCGGGGUACCCCAUCAUGUGUGGCCUUUUCACCAAAGAAUCGAAUAUUAGGUGUAGCAGCGAAAAACCAAAUGGUAACAAACAUGAAGAACACUGUAUUUGGAUUCAAGAGACUGUUAGGUAGAAAAUUUAACGAUCCACAUGUACAGAAGGAGCUAAAACACUUUCCAUUCAAGGUAGAACAGAGGUCCGAUGGGGGAAUUGGCAUCAGAGUCAACUAUCUUGGAGAGGAUAAUGUUUUUACACCUGAACAGAUAACAGCAAUGCUUCUAACAAAACUGAAAGACAGUGCGACUGUAGCUUUACAGACUCAAGUGAAUGACUGUGUCAUAUCAGUCCCUAGUUACUUUACUAAUGCAGAAAGGAAUGCUCUUCUUGAUGCAGCAGCUAUUGCUGGACUCAAUGUGCUGCGUCUAAUGAAUGAGACCACUGCAACUGCAUUGGCUUAUGGUAUUUACAAGCAAGACUUACCAGCUCCUGAAGAAAAGCCGAGAAAUGUUGUGUUUGUUGAUUUUGGCCACAGCUCCCUGCAGGUAUCUGCUUGUGCAUUUAAUAAGGGGAAAUUGAAGGUGCUGGCCACCUCAAAUGAUCCUUGUUGCGGUGGCAGGGACAUAGAUAUGGCUCUUGCUGAUUAUUUCUGUCAAGAUUUCAUAACUAGACUCAAAUUGGAUGCAAGAAAAAAUCAGAGGGCUUUUCUCCGUUUACUGCAAGAAGUUGAGAAACUGAAGAAGCAGAUGUCUGCAAACAGCACCCGCCUGCCAUUGAAUAUUGAGUGCUUCAUGGAGGAGAGAGACGUCUCUGGAGAAAUGCAACGCUCCCAAAUGGAACAACUUAGCGCUGAAACUUUCAGUAGAAUUGAGAGAGCCUUAAAGGGAAUACUGAUUAGUGCAAAACUUAGACCAGAAGAUAUCAGUUCUGUAGAGAUUGUAGGAGGUUCCACUCGAAUUCCUGCAGUGAAGGGGCUGAUUGAAAAUGUAUUUGGCAAGCAAGCGUCGACUACAUUAAACCAGGACGAGGCGGUGUCCCGCGGCUGCGCGCUGCAGUGCGCCAUGCUGAGCCCGGCGGUGCGCGUGCGCGAGUUCAACGUGACGGACGUGCAGCCCUACGCCGUGCGCCUACACUGGGACGCGGCGCGCGGGGAGGACGGCGACAUGGAAGUAUUCCCGGCAUUCCAUGCUGCACCAUUCUCCAAAAUGCUGACAUUCUACAGAAAGGAACCAUUCUCUGUCAGUGCUUAUUAUACUGAUCCAGUGCCGUACUCGGAUACCUUUAUAGGUGAGUGGCACAUCAGAGAUGUCCAACCGACGCCGGAGGGAGAGUCACAAAAGGUUAAGCUCAAAGUGCGCGUGAACAUUCACGGCAUCAUAACGGUCGCGUCGGCGUCUCUCGUUGAAAAGAAACAACAGGACACGUCACAAAACGAAAGCGUAGAGAUGGAAAACUCCAAUGAGGCGCAGGCCAAUCAGGAGGCUCCGAUGGAGACCAAUGGGGGCUCGCAAGAGCAGCAGCAAAACGGGCCCGAGAACCAAGAGGUGAGGGAGGACGACACCAAGGAGGCCCAACAAAAACAAUCGUGGACACAGAGAGUAGGCCAGUGGUUCAGCGGGGAUGAUGACAAAAAGGAUAAAUCGAAAGACAAAACCAAGAAAGUGGUUGUUAAGACAAUUGAACUGCCUAUCGAUGCUCGAACUCAUGGAUAUUCUCAACAUGAUCUGAACAACUACUUGGAACAAGAGGGCAAAAUGCAAGCCCAAGACCGUCAAGAAAAGGAGCGUGCGGAUGCGAGAAACGCUUUGGAAGAAUACGUGUACGAGCUUCGUGGCAAGUUGUCGGAAGGAGAGGUGCUGCACGACUUUGUGGCCGACGAGCAGCGAAUGCGGCUCGUGGGGCAGCUGGACUCGCUGGAGCAGUGGCUUUACGAUGAAGGCGAAGAUCAGAACAGACAGGUGUACAGUGAGAAACUAUCCGAGCUUCGAACGGAGGGUGAGCCCAUCAAACAGCGACGGUGGGAGUUUGAAUUACGCCCCGGCGCCUUGGACGACUUCGCUCUGGCUAUCCAGUUAACAAACAAGGCUGUGGACUUGUAUAGAUCUGGAGACGCGAAGUACGCGCACCUGUCGGAGGCGGACAUCGCCAAGGUGGUGGAGGCGUGCAAGAGCGCGCUGUCGUGGCUGGAGAGCGCGCGCCAGGCCGUCGCGCAGACGCCGCGCCACCAGUCGCCGCCGCACUCCACGCAACAGAUCCGCCAGGAGAGACAGAACUUCGAGAGCAUCGUGAACCCCAUCCUAAACAAGCCGAAGCCCAAGGAGAAGACCCCCCCGCCCGCCAACCCCACCGCCGGCGACGGGCAGCCGCCCGCAGACGCCGCACCGCGCGACGACCACAUGGACGUCGAGUAACACGACACACACAUAGUAUUCACACUUUAUACUCGCUAAAUAAUUAUUACUGUUAUGUUCCCCUCGCAUCUUUGCUGCUCGCAUUUAGAGAUACGCGCUGAUGACGUCAUUCGGGUAAAAAUUUAUUUUAAAACGUGAAUGAAAUAUCUCUUACAAUUUAAAGUUUGCACGAGUGUCUUCUAUAAUACUGAUAGAUGAAUGGCUAAACUUCAGGAAUUUCUAAGUAUAAAUAUAGGCAAAUCGCAAUUUUCGUUGGUAAAUAUGUAUUUUUCGUCACGAAAUGUUUGGGGGUUACCUGGGGUUUUUGAUAAAGUGCUUGGCGUGCACAAGGUUUUUACACUAUAAAUGAAAAUUUUAAAAUUCUUUGUCCAACUAUGUAUUCUGCAGGUACCAACAUAGAUUUGUAUUAAAUCCUUAGGGUAGGCAGUGCAUUUUUGCAUCUGUGAAGGGCACGCCACUGAUUAAGAGCUUAUUUAUGUAACUUAACCCAGGCUGGGUGCGGCGUGACUGUACCUAGUGCGCAUUGUACGCGAGCCUUGCCGUUUAUCGAUUUCAGUGUUAUAGGUAACAUACACGCAGCCUAUGAAAGCCAGCUUUAAACAGAUAUCUAUUCGUACAGUUUAAAAUAAUGACGUUGUCUUUGCUACCUCUCUCGCGUCACAUUCGAGUUGUCAUUUCGUCAAGCACUCAACUUGGUCCUCGCCUGCACAUAAACAGUUUCAUUUUAGAUUAAUUUCGCCAUUGGAGAUUUUUCUUCCUGUCCUUCCUACUUUUUCCAAGCAUAUAACGUUUGCGCACGGUAUUCAAUCCAUUCAGAAACCGUCAGAAAAUAAGUUAUACCUCUUUCCAAAACAACUUGGUACCGUCAUCUAUAUCGUCACUUAACAUCAGUAUCAUGAUUCAGAUCGUAUUCAUGUGUGUGCACUUAAUAGAUGCAAAAAUGCACUGCCUACCCUGAGAACUCACCACUAACCUGUAUUAGAGCAGGAAUUUUCUAUUUUUCGAGAAUUUGUACCUACCCGAGAGUACGUGCGUGACCUUGUUAAUAUCCUUGUUCACGCCAGUGGUCAUGUUUGUCAUUGAGUUGCAGCCCACAUCUCGCUCCCGUCUCUCGUCUAAAGAUAGCCUUCCGUUCUGGGCUACCGCGACCGGGUCGCACGACCCACUGCUUAAGGUAGCCUUCCGUUCUUGGCGACCGCGACCGCAUUGUACGACCCACUGCUUAGUAUGAAUGUAUAUGGAGUAAAUUUAUACAAAGGCGGUCGCGCGAAACGGUCUCUGGCUUUGUUUAGUGCUCCAUAUAAAUUCAUACUUAGGAGCCUUCCGUUCUUGGCGACCGCGACCGCGUCGUACGACCCACUGUUUAGUAUGAAUUUAUAUGGAGCUAGUUUAUACAAAGGUGGUCGCGUGAAACGGCCUCGGGCUUUGUGUAGUGCUCCAUAUAAAUUCAUACUAAGCAGUGGGUCGUACGACGCGGUCGCGGUCGCAAUAACGGAAUGCUACCUUUAGCCUCACUUACGCAUGCGCGUCGAGGACCCAGUUGAGCUGUUACUAUAGUCCAUGUGAUGCAUUCGCUGCAUCUUUAUUUGCUUAAACAGCUUUAGUUAUAUGCAAUAUUAACAACAAUAAAAUAGGUAGAUCGGUCUAGUAACUUACACAAGUUUGAUUAGCACAGUUUGUUUGAAAACUAUAAAGCAAUAUGCAAUUAGAAAUUGUAAAAUCUGUUAUUUGGUGGUGCACUGUAGUUAUACCUAAAAAAUACUACUUUUAUAUUUAUUUUGACGCAACUUGCGGCAAUCACAAUUAUUUUAUUAUUAUAUAUUUUCUUUUGUAUUGAAUAAUUUACUGGAUAUAGUAAUUAAUAACCUCCUUCUUUUUUCUUAUGGAUAUAGUGCAUUUCUUAUAUAGCAAUAACUAAUAUACACUGAUUAGUAUUAGUUUAAAUAUAAUAUUAUGUAUAUAUUAUAUUACUUAUGUUUUUGUUUACACUUGUGUAUUUUUGUGGUAUUGCUACAUAUUUUUAAUGUGAUAAAAAGAAAUAUUAAAUUAUUUUGCUGAAUUUGAAUAUUGAGCAUAUUAUUAUUAUUAAAUAUACUUUUUCAGUUAACAUGAUAAUAUAAUUUAUAAAUUUGGUUACUAGCAAAUUAUAAAAUUUAAUUAACUAUGAUAUACAAGAUUGUGAUUGUGUUUAUAAAAACAUUGAUAUAUGCGUUCAUUAUAACAAAUCGUAUGUCUGUACUUUAAAAUAGCCUUAUAUUAGAUAGGAUUUAAACAGAAAAUGUCUUUUCACAUAAUUUUUUGUGGCUUACACAUCUGGUAGGUUGAAUCAUUAUUAUUAUGUAUUAAAUCUCAUGAAAUACUUUAGCUGCACUUGUGUGACAUGAUUUUAACAUGAAAAUAAUAAGAAUUAUUUUUUUUAUUGUGCUUUUACUGCAUCUGAGUUCAUAAUGAAGUAUAUUUAAUUGAUUUGUAGUACAGUUCAUACAACAAAUGUUAUUUUGUGGGAUACCCAGCAUGUAAUAUUUAUAAUAAUUAAUUAUUUUAAAUUCUCGUAGCAACAUUCCGCACCAUAAGUUAUACGUGGUUUCAGUUAGCUGCGCCUAUAGGAAAUCACAAAUUGUGUUUAAUAUUAAGAUAAAUAUCAAAAUAUACACAGUUAAAGUGAGGGUCAAACUAAUAAUUUGCGAUCUAUGUUGGACCAAUCCUGAGCAGUUGGCAAAACCAGGCCGCGCCGCUUAGGGUUGCCAACCGUACUAUAAUAUAUAGUAUUGUACUAUAUUUUGCGUCUGCAUACUAUAUACUGUUGAAUACAUAUAUAGUACGCAAAAAUACUAUAUUUUCAACACCGCUAACUAACAAACAAAAUUUACCAAGAAAGAUUUCGACAGAUGCAAUAGCGUCUAGCCUAACUGAACUUAUAAAAAAAAAUAGCAUUUGGUUUUAAAAAAUUGAAAAAUCAGAUGUGAAAAAGCAUACAAAACUCUUAUUGCAGACAAAUAAAUCUUGAAAAAUGCAACAAGAGUAAAUAAAUAUAGUUAAAAAAAAUGUUGAUUUUUUGUUUAUUCCAUAAAAUACUAUAUUGUAUUUAAACAUACUAUAUUUUUGUAUAGCUAAAUCUGAAAAAUAUUAUAUUUCAAAAAAAAAAUAUUGGCAACCCUAGCGCCGCUUGUACUUUUUUUCAAGCUGUUAUUAGUUGACCUUUGCUUUGAACCAAUAAAAACUGAACACAUCAUUUUAAAUUGUUCUAUUCGUGCAUCUCAUAGCAAUUAAAUUAAACAUAACACAGGUUUAUAUGCAUUUUCAAUAAGUUUAAAUAGCUUUUGGUUGACAGCUGUAUAAAUUUAUUGUAACCGGUAUAAUAUUAAUUGUGCAUUCUUAAUGUUAAAGCUUAGUAAAAGGAUGAUUUAACAAUG